CCGGUCGAAGUGACGACGACAGGCUCCGUAGCGGUUCUAGACCACGCAGAAAAAAGAGCCCCGCCCGGCACAGAGUUCGCGCAUGCGCAGCGUCCUCUUAUUUCGGAGACUUAUUUGGCGGGGCUGGAGGGUCAGAUUGGGCCCGCGAGGCGGAAAUGCCUGUCGCGGGUUCCGGUGAGCGCGUCGACACCAGCGGCAGAAUGGAGGAGGUGCCUCACGACUGUCCCGGGGCCGACAGUACCCAGGCGGGCCGGGGGGCCUCCUGUCAGGGAUGUCCCAACCAGCGGCUGUGUGCUUCUGGAGCCGGCGCCGCUCCGGAUCCGGCCAUAGAGGAAAUCAAAGAAAAAAUGAAGACCGUGAAACACAAGAUCUUGAUAUUGUCUGGAAAAGGCGGCGUUGGGAAGAGCACUUUCAGCGCCCACCUUGCCCACGGCCUGGCGGAGGACGAAAACACACAGGUUGCUCUUCUGGACAUCGAUAUCUGUGGGCCGUCGAUUCCCAAGAUAAUGGGCCUGGAAGGAGAACAGGUCCACCAGAGCGGCUCGGGCUGGUCUCCCGUGUAUGUGGACGACAACCUGGGGGUGAUGUCGGUGGGCUUCCUGCUCAGCAGCCCUGACGACGCCGUCAUCUGGAGGGGACCAAAGAAAAACGGCAUGAUCAAGCAGUUCCUCCGUGACGUGGACUGGGGAGACGUGGACUACCUCUUGGUGGACACCCCGCCGGGGACCUCCGAUGAGCACCUGUCUGUCGUCCAGUAUCUGGCCGCCACGCACAUCGACGGGGCUGUGAUCGUCACCACUCCUCAGGAGGUGUCGCUCCAGGACGUGCGGAAGGAGAUCAACUUCUGCCACAAGGUGAAGCUGCCGGUGGUCGGGGUGGUGGAGAACAUGAGCGGCUUCGUCUGCCCCAGGUGCAAGAAGGAAUCUCAGAUAUUCCCCCCCACGACGGGCGGCGCAGAAGCCAUGUGCCAGGACCUCAAGGUCCCCCUCCUCGGCAAAGUGCCUCUGGACCCGCACAUAGGUAAGAGCUGUGACAAAGGCCAGUCCUUUUUUAUUGAAGCUCCAGAUUCACCAGCCACCCUAGCCUACAGGAGCAUAAUUCAGAAAAUCCAGGAGUUCUGUAGUCCCCAUCAAUCAAAAGUGGAGAGCCCCAGCAGUUCCUGAAGCAGGGGACAGAGCCGGGGACCGGGCAGCCCCCAGCUGCAGAACCUACGGGCAGCACUCGGGUCAGGUGGGGUUGCAGGCAAAGGGACCAGACGCUGGCGCCACAGGAAGUCACGUCCUGAAGACACUGUGAUCAGCUGUCUGCCACCUUCCUCAGAACACAGCCAAGGGCAUUCCUUACACACGUGCCAUUUAAAAUAAAAGUGUCUCCUUGAA